GGAGCCGGGGAGCCGCGCCCGCUCCUCCCCGCCAUUGGCGGCCGCGAGCAGCGCCGCGUCUUUGGCUGGCGCGAUGGCCGGAGCGGGCGCCACGCGCGCCCUGGAGUGGCUCUUCGCCGGCUACUUCCUGAGCCACAUCCCCAUCACGCUGCUGCUGGACGCCCAGCCGCUGUCCUCCCGCUUCCACCCGCAGGCCCUAACAGAUUUCCUCAAAUGGUACACAACUUCAUUUAAAGAUCCCUUUAUGGAACAGCCGCCCGCCUGGUUUAAGUCAUUCAUAUCCUGUGAAGUCCUCUUUCAGCUGCCUUUCUUUCCUGUGGCAGUUUACGCAUUCUGGAAAGGUAACUGCAAGUGGAUUCGAACCCCUGCCAUCAUCUACGCAACACACGUGGCCACAACACUGGUGCCUCUGCUGACCCACUUUUUGUUCCAUGAUUUCUCGGACUCCAAGCCCACGGGACCACAGACGUGGAACGAACGCCUCUGGCUCUUGUCUGUUUACAGCCCAUAUUUGCUGAUUCCUCUCCUGCUUCUCUUGACCAUGUUGUUCAAUCCCUCAUACAACUCUGUUGAAAAAAGGAAAAAAACAUAAAUGUUUAGCACUUUGAUAAGAAAGAAAGAGCUUUUGAUCUGAAAAACUGGCCAAGUUGAUUAGCUGCCCAAUUUUUAAAAAUGUUAAGUAUAAAAAUCUGUUUAUCUGCUUGAGACCAAUGUGUGGUUGUAGGCCUACUUGUCUACCACAAAAGAUGUUGGAUUGGGUUGACUUAAAAUGAGAUAUGAAGAAUAUGUUCAGAAAAAAAUCUGUUGAUUCAACAUUUUUACCUGCUGUGUCAGGAAUAGUUGUCAGUCUUGAGAGAAUUCAACUCUUGGCAGUUCUGACUCUUCUGCCAGAGGCGAUUGUCUGACGCAUUCCUCGUCUCCCCAGAGUAAAAUGAUGUUGGAAUGGUUCAAACUUUCCCAGUCUAUUGCUGCUCAUUUCAGAUUCUUUCUAGUUUGGGGAAAUGGUUGAGGAAUUUGGUGUGGUCCUUAUCUGUUUUGCAUUCCAGUUGGUACUUGCAGGGGAGCAAGAAUGAAAGAACAAUGUUCCUUCUAAGUAGGAAAAAAACUUCUGAAUGUAAUUCUUGUUCACAUUUUAUAUUUCUGACUGAUCGUAGACAUUAAAAGGUGUGCAGAUA